ACGUCACAAUCUUGUUCAUCGCACAUGUGCGAGUGGUCGCAGCCAUAUUGGUAGUGCGGGAACCACGUCAGGAUAAGAAUUUAUCCAUUUUACCUAGGUUCUUACCGUUUAACCAGAUUGAAACACAUGUAUAAUUAAACAUCACCAUGCCGACCUACUUUCAGCGUCCAGAAAAUGCCCUGAAGAGGGCGAAUGAGUUUAUUGAUGUUGGGAAAAAGCAGCGAGCUCUUGAUGCAUUGUAUGACGUGAUCAAGAGCAAAAAACAUCGAACAUGGCAGAAGAUUCACGAACCAAUAAUGGAAAAAUAUCUGCAGCUCUGUGUGGAGCUGCGGAAAAGUCACAUUGCAAAAGAGGGCUUGUACCAGUACAAAAACAUCUGUCAGCAGGUAAACAUAAAGUCCUUGGAGGAUGUGGUCAGGAAGUACAUCAGUCUCGCCGAGUCCAAGACUGAAGCCGCUCGAGCCGAGUCCCAUCAGGCUGUUGUGGAUAUCGAUGAUCUGGACAACCCAGAUACACCAGAAAGCCUCCUGUUGAAGGCAGUGAGUGGAGAGGACACUCAGGACAGGACUGACCGAGCUAUUCUGACCCCAUGGGUCAAGUUCCUGUGGGAAUCCUACAGGCAGUGCCUGGAUCUGCUGCGAAAUAAUUCCCGUGUCGAGCGACUCUACCAAGACAUUGCACAGCAAGCUUUCAAAUUCUGCUUGAAGUACAACAGAAAAACAGAAUUCAGGAAACUAUGCGACAAUCUGAGAACUCAUCUUGGCCACAUUCACAAGCAUCAACAUCAGACGACGGCCAUCAACCUCAACAACCCAGACUCCCAGGGCAUGCACCUGGAGACCAGGCUGGAACAGCUAGACAGUGCCAUCAAGAUGGAGCUCUGGCAGGAAGCAUUCAAAGCGGUAGAGGACAUUCACGGCCUGAUUCAGCUGUCCAAGAAGUCCCCAAAACCCUCCCUGAUGGCCAACUAUUAUCAGAAACUGGGGCUUGUCUUCUGGAAGUCUGGCAAUGGCCUCUUCCAUGCAAGCACUCUGCACAGAUUGUACAUUCUGUCUCGUGAACAGCGCAAAAAUCUGUCAGCUGAUGAGUUACAGAAGAUGGCAUCGCGAGUUCUAUGUGCCACUCUUGCUGUUCCCAUACCAGCGUCAAGGAACACAAUCGAUCAGCUGUUGGAGACAGAUGAGGCAACCAUGGAGAAGAAAAGACGACUGGCUACUCUCCUGAUGCUGAACAAUGCCCCCACUCGUCAGUCCCUCAUCAAAGACUUUGUUAAGUUUAACAUCAUUCAGUAUGUUCACCCUGAGAUACAGAACCUGUUCAAGUACCUUGAGGAAGAGUUCCACCCCCUGGGGCUGUAUGACCGGGUUAAAGCAUCCAUUGAGUUCAUCAGUAACAACGAGGAACUCGGUCAGUACAUCCCAGCCCUGGAGGAGAUCAUCAUCACUCGGGUCCUCAAACAGGUGUCUCAAGUCUACCAGACAAUUGCCUUUUCCAGACUGGCUGACCUAAUUCCGUUUGCCUCCAAAUUCCGUUUAGAAAGAGUCAUUGUAGAUGCAGCUAAGACUCUAGAACUACAGGUGAGAAUUGACCACAGAAGCAAGUCUCUGAGCUUUGGCACAGAUCUGAUGGUUGCACAGAAGGAGGACGUACCGGAGGGUCCUUACAUACAGAGCAUGCCCAGCGAGGGCAUACGCAACCAGCUGAUUUCAAUGGCUAGAGCCCUUCACCAGGCCAUUGAACGCAUAGAACCAAAGGACCGAAAGGUCCAGCGACAUGAGAUGCAGGUACAGAUUGCCAACAGCUACAGAAUGACUGCCAAGAAAGAACAUCAGAGGAUAUUACAAAGGCGACAGAUCAUUGAGGAUAGGAAGGAGCAGCUGGAGCACCUCAAUGACCAGAGGGAGCGGGAGGAACAGGAGCAGAUUGAGGAGCAGAAGAAGAAGGCGUACGACUUGGAGAUGGCUCGGCUGGAGAGGGAGGCGAAGGAGAGAGAGUGCCUGAGGAAGAUUGAGGAGCACAAGGAGAUCAAGAAGAAACAUGCCAUGGAGAGGAUCGAACAACUUAAGAAGACGGACAUCGGAGCCAAAGUGUUGCAGAAUCUGGACGACGAGCUGAGAACUCAUCUUGGCCCCAUUCACAAGCAUCAGCAUCAGACGACAUCCAUCAACCUCAACAACCCAGAAUCCCAGGGCAUGCACCUGGAGACCAGGCUGGAACAGCUAGACAGUGCCAUCAAGAUGGAGCUCUGGCAGGAAGCAGUCAAAGCAGUAGAGGACAUUCACGGCCUGAUUCAGCUGUCCAAGAAGUCCCCCAAACCCUCCCUGAUGGCCAACUACUAUCAGAAACUGGGGCUUGUCUUCUGGAAGUCUGGCAAUGGCCUCUUCCAUGCAAGCACUCUGCACAGAUUGUACAUUCUGUCUCAUGAACAGCGCAAAAUUCUGUCGGCUAACGAGUUACAGAAGAUGGCAUCGCGAGUUCUAUGUGCCACUCUUGCUGUUCCCAUACCAGCAUCAAGGAACACAAUCGAUCAGCUGUUGGAGACAGAUGAAGCAACCAUGGAGAAGAAAAGACGACUGGCUACUCUCCUGAUGCUGAACAAUGCCCCCACUCGUCAGUCCCUCAUCAAAGACUUUGUCAAGUUUAACAUCAUUCAGUAUGUUCACCCUGAGAUACAGAACCUGUUCAAACACCUUGAGGAAGAGUUCCGACCCCUGGAGCUGUAUGACCGGGUUAAAGCAUCCAUUGAGUUCAUCAGUAACAACGAGGAACUCGGUCAGUACAUCCCAGCCCUGGAGGAGAUCAUCAUCACUCGAGUCCUCAAACAGGUGUCUCAAGUCUACCAGACAAUUGCCUUUUCCAGACUGGCUGACCUAAUUCCGUUUGCCUCCAAAUUCCGUUUAGAAAGAGUCAUUGUAGAUGCAGCUAAGACUCUAGAACUACAGGUGAGAAUUGACCACAGAAGCAAGUCUCUGAGCUUUGGCACAGAUCUGAUGGUUGCACAGAAGGAGGACGUACCGGAGGGUCCUUAGAUACAGAGCAUGGCCAGCGAGGGCAUACGCAACCAGCUGAUUUCAAUGGCUAGAGCCCUUCACCAGGCCAUUAAACGCAUAGAGCCAAAGGACCGAAAGGUCCAGCGACAUGAGAUGCAGGUACAGAUUGCCAACAGCUACAGAAUGACUGCCAAGAAAGAACAUCAGAGGAUAUUACAAAGACGACAGAUUAUUGAGGACAGGAAGGAGCAGCUGGAGCACCUCAAUGACCAGAGGGAGCGGGAGGAACAGGAGCAGAUUGAGGAGCAUUGGAAGGCGUACGAAUUGGAGAUGGCUCGGUUAGAGAGAGAAGCGAAGGAGAGGGAGCGCCUGAGGAAGAUUGAGGAGCACAAGGAGAUUAAGAAGAAACAUGCCAUUGAGAUGAUCGAACAACUAAAGAUGACGGACAUCGGAGCCAAAGUGUUGCAGAAUCUGGACGAGGAGGACUUUGCCACACUGGAUGUAGAGGAUAUCAUGGCCAGACAAGUGGAACAGCUCGAAAAAGAAAAGAAAGAAUUGAUAGACCGCAUCAAAAACCAGGAGAAAGAGUUCGAUUAUUUUGCUCGUGCGAAGCGUUUGGAAGAAAUUCCCCUUUUAACAAAACAGUAUAAACAGGAAAAGAAAGUGGCUAGAGAAUUCUUUGAGCUGCAAGAGGCUAAAAAGAUCGAGCAGUUAAAUAGGGACCGUCAGAUGGCGCUGGCUAGUCGGGAUCGCCUCAAUAGGAUGAAGACUGACAAGGAUGAGUUCCUGAAUCUAUUUAGAGGACAAAGGAAGGAAAUGUUUGAGAAAAAGCUGGCCGAGUUUGAGGCUAGGGUUUCGGAGGAGAGAAAGAAAAGAUUGUAUGAGAGGAAGGAGAAGCGAAGAGAGGACCGAAGGCAGAAGUGGAUCCAGGAACGGGCCAAAGAAGAGAAGAGGAAAAAGGAUGAGCAGCUCAAGAGAGAACGUGAAGAGAGGAAAGCAAGGAAGAAAUUGGAAGCUGAGAAACGCAAGAAGAAGUCCAGACUAGCUAAGCUAGAGAAGCAGGCUGAGAAACAGCGACAGAGGAAGAGAGAGGCUGAAGAAAAGAAAGCAAAGAGACGACAGGAGUUGGAAAAAUCGAGAGAUGAUGGCAAAGAAGACCGCCCUAAACCAUUUGCUGGUCGUCCAGGAGAGCGUCCAAGUUGGCGAGAUAGAGAGCGGGAGAAGGAGGAGGAGGGAGGUCGUGAUGGGCAAGCCUGGAGACCAGCAGGAGCCAGAGAAGGGGGCGACUGGAGGGAGAGGGAGAAACAGCGAUCAGAGAGCGGGGAAAAAGAGACCAGCCCCACCAAGCGGUAUGAGGAGGAAGAAGAACCAAAAGGAGAAGGCUGGAGGGGAGAGAGGGGUGCUCCUAAGGAAGACAAGCCCCCAGCUCGAGGUAUCUCUCCCCCUAGGGACACAUUGAGAAGCAGAGGGGAGGAUCGAGUACCAUCGAGGGAUGGUGGUGAUCGUGGGGAAUUUGGGGAACGCAGAAGAGAUGGUAGAAAUUUUGAAAGAUGUAGAGAUGAUAAAGAUUUUGGAAGAGGAAAAGAAAGGGAACAAACGAGCUCUACCUACGGCAGAGAUGAUGGCAAAGAAGACCGCCCUAAACAUAUUGCUGGUCGACCGGGAGAGCGUCCAAGUUGGCGAGAUAGAGAGCGGGAGAAGGAGGAGGAGGGAGGUCGUGAUGGGCAAGCCUUGAGACCAGCAGGGGCCAGAGAAGGUGGUGGCUGGAGGGAGAGGGAGAAACAGCGAUCAGAGAGCUGGAAAAAAAUGACAUGGGGAUCUAUUCACAAAAAAUCGUAUGAUGAGAACGAUGGACUAAAAGAAGAAGGCUGGUGGGGAGAGAGGGGUGCUCAUGGGGAAGACAAGCCCCCAGCUAGAGGCAUAUCGCCUCCCAGGGACACGUGGAGAAGCAAUGGGGAGGAUCGAGUACCAUCAAGAGAUAAUGGUGAUCGUGGGGGAUUUGGAGAACGCAGAAGAGAUAAUGGGGAUUUUGGGAGAGGUGAAGUACCAGUACAAAUUCGCAUGGGAAAUCGAAGAAAAAAUCGGAUACAGAGAAAGACUUUAAAAAAUCAAGCAAAAGAGGUGGGGAUUAAUUGAACGAGUCAACUAGAAAAUGGUGAUAAGUUUCUGAAUGGAAAUAAGUUUCAGAAAUUUGGAACAUUUCAAUAAAAAUAUUUGAAGUAGCUUAUUGAGUGACAAAAAUUAAGUCCAUUUGGAUUUAAUAAUUCAUGUCAAAUAUCAUCAUUGCUAAAAUUUAUGCUAGAUUUCGAUAGACACAAAUGACUUCUACCUUAGGUGAGUGUUCCUGUACGUCCAACAGUAAGGGUUCGGAUAUUUUAAAACACAACCAGCCAAAUUAGUGAGAGAAAAAAAGUUUUUGCAACUAGUAAUUGCCUUUUUGAGGUUAUUUUCUUACAGAAUUUCAUGUAUUUACUAAACAAUCGCAGAGUAUAAGUAAUUAUUUUAACAUGUAC